AUGAGUGUUUCGUCGUCGGCGAAAGCCAAGAAGCUCCUGCUAACUCUUCAGCUGGAAACGCUAGAUCACUGCGAUCUGGAGGCCGACCAGCUGCUAGGGAAAACGCUACCUGACGAUGAGACACUUCGGGAUGUCGAACAUGCAGCCUUUGCCAACCACACCGAAAUCCCCUUGGAUCUCAAGUCAUUCUGGGAACUAGAGCACAUUGGGAUAACCGACCCCUUAGAUGUGGAUGAUAAUGAUGUUGCUAUGGCCCAUUUCAAUGCCCAUAUCCAGUUUAACGGAGAUCGGUAUACCGUAAAUUGGCCCUGGAAAGAUGAAUCUGUUCAACCCCCAGACACUUACCCAUUGGCACUAGGUCGUCUGAAGUCACUAAUGAAACGUCUCCACAAGGAUCCAGAAAUGACACGGAAAUACAAUGAAGUUAUCAAUGAUCAAUUGAAGAAAGGCAUCAUUGAGGAGGUGGAAGACGUGGAUUGUCACAACAACAAGAUUCACUAUUUACCCCAUCACGCGGUGGUAAAGGAAAGCAGCGAAACAACUAAAUUGCGGGUUGUUUUCGACGCCUCAGCAAAGACCAAGGCUGAACACAAUUCACUUAAUGAUUGCCUGCACAAGGGGCCAUGUCUCACGCCUGAUCUUUGUGGAAUGCUAUUGCGCUUUCGACUCAAGCCCAUAGCUCUAAUGGCAGAUGUUGAGAAAGCCUUCCUACAGCUGAACCUGGCCAAGGCAGACCGAGAUGUAACGCGAUUCCUCUGGCUGCGAGACGUUACUGCACCAAUCGAUACUGGCAAUGUCGUAGUUUAUCGUUUCUGCCGCGUUCCAUUUGGCGUUAUCUCCAGUCCGUUUCUGCUCUCUGCAACCCUUGACCACCACUUGGCAAAGGAGAACUCUGACGUCAACGAGCAACUUCGAGCCAACAUGUACGUAGACAACAUGCUUGCUGGUACGUCCGAUUCCGAAGAAGCAUCAGAAUUCUACAAGGAAGCCAAAUCUACUUUCAACUCCGCAUCCAUGAAUCUUCGAUCUUGGACAUCCAACUGCCGUGAAUUCUUAAAUUCAAUCCCGGAGAUCGAUCAGUCAGACCUUGAAGUACAGAAGUGUCUCGGUCUGCAAUGGAAUGUUGUAUCCGACACGUUCAACGUCAGCCCGAUCUCUCUAACCGAGGAAGAUAUCAACACCAAGAGAUCUAUUCUCAAGGUUCUCGCAAGCUUCUAUGAUCCGCUUGGUUUUCACGCACCCAUUAUUGUCCGAGCCAAGUGUCUCAUUCAAGCCAUCUGGAAAGAAGGUUUCGACUGGGACGAUCCACUUCCGGAGUCCUAUCUUACACUUUGGAAAGAGAUCGCAGAAGACCUGAAUGCCGCAUGCACAAUCAAAGUGCCACGUCACAUUGAUUUGAUUGAUGACUCGGGGUCCACAGAACUUCAUGUCUUCUGUGACGCUUCGCAGAAAGCAUAUGCCGCGUGUGCGUACGUACGCCAUACAAGUGCAAGCCAAACGGUAUCGCAUCUGAUCAUGUGUAAGACGAGAGUUGCUCCUAUCAAAGGCCAAACAAUACCAAGACUGGAGCUGUUGGCUGCUAGCAUCGGGACUCGCCUAAUUCGUUUCAUCAGGGAACAACUCCCGAUCAAGUUUGCUCAUACUUGUCUAUGGACCGACUCAACAUGUGUCCUAGGUUGGGUACAAUCUCCUGCCAAGAAGCAGCCUGUGUUCGUUGGAAAUCGCCUGGCAGAGAUCCGUUCAGAAUCAGAUGUUGUCUUCCGGCACAUUCGGUCUGAGGAGAACCCAGCAGACCUGCCAUCACGCGGCAGCUCGGCAUCAACAUUUGGCCACGAGCUCUGGUGGCAUGGUCCCGCUAGGCUUCUGAAGCCGAACAACAUCUCCGCAGAGCCUUCUGUUCUGGUUCACGGGGAGGGUCCCGCGGAUGAAAGCCACCCACCGUCAACACCAGCUGGUAUUGACCCCACGCAAUAUUCAUCGUUUGCAAAACUCUUGCGAGUAACAGCAUAUGUCCAGCGUUUUAUCAGAUGUGCUCGUACUAAAUCUCCAAUACCUGCUCCACUCACCGUAGCGGAGAUCGAGCGAGCCAAAGUCGAAUGGCUGAGGUGCACGCAGCACAACACCUUCAAAGAUGUCUUCCAGUCAUUGACAAAGGGGAAGACAAAUGACCUGGUCAAUAAACACGGGCUCGUCCAAGACGAGAAUGGCAUUCUUCGAUGUAAUGGUCGCAUGCAGAAUGUACCACUGUCAGCUAGGUCACAGCCAAUUCUUCUGUCUGGAAAAAGUCCAAUCAGCCAACUAAUCAUUGGUGAUACCCAUCGGAGGUUGAUCCACACCGGAACCAACACAACACUGGUUGCAACUCGCAAACAGUAUUGGAUUACUCGCGGAAGGGAAACCGCCAAACGCGUACUUGCACGGUGCAAGAUGUGCAAACGCUUUGACGGUGGACCUUUCGCUAUGCCUGCCAUGCCGCAAUACCCGAAGGAAAAGGUGACUGGAGGGUGUGCACCAUUCACCACCACGGGAGUGGAUUACUUUGGGCCUGUCACAGUGAGGAGCGGUAAUGAAUCGGUGAAGGCAUGGGUGGUGCUAUUCACGUGCCUAACCACACGUGCCGUUCAUUUAGAAGCAGUCAGGGAUAUGACUACUAAGACCUUCUUAAUGGCAUACCGUCGCUUCAUUGCUCGCCGUGGUACUCCCAGUAAGAUAAUUAGCGACAAUGGCAAGCAAUUCAAGUUGGCAAGCACCAUUUUGGAGAAUGUGUGGAACACGAUUGAUAAAUGUCCUGACGUGAUGAAUUACCUGACUGCCAAUGGCACUAUUUGGUCCUUCAUCACAGAACUAACUCCGUGGAUGGGCGGGUUCUACGAACGAAUGGUCCAAACGGUCAAGCGAUCUUUACGUAAGUCCAUCGGUCGAUCUCUCCUCACACAUUAUGAAUUUGAGACGCUCUUGAUUGAGGUUGAGGCGGUUGUGAAUGCCAGACCCCUGACUUACGUCAGCGAUGAUCCCACCCAACUUGUGAUCACUCCAGCCCAUUUCCUCUGUCUGAAUCCUAACAUCGGCUUCCCACCGGUGGACAGCGAUACCAUUGAUCCAGAUUUCAAUCCUAAUAGUUAA